AUGGAGAAAGAAAACAAGAGGGAACUUGAAACCCAACUCACAAAGCGGCCUGCCAUGGCCACCAUGGCCACCAUGGCCAUUAUGGCCGCCAUGGCUCGGGAUUCUGGGAGACCCCUCCUUGUUGACUACGCGCGUGGUGCGGCGGUGCCCGAGGUCGAUGUGGAUGCAUCUCGUAUUGGUCUGCCUGGUGCAUGCAACCUCGUCCCCUUGUUGACAUUCAUCUGA